UGCCAAAGCUGCUGCAGAUCUACCGACCUUCGGUCUGCGAAGAGAAAUCAGUCUCACUGAUGAGUCUUGCCCGGCCCAAAAAGGUCUCGCUGGGAGGACCACGCCCCACCAAAGCUGCAAACGGAUCCAACAGCUCAAGCCAAGGGGAUGGCGCAGGGUUCUCCUCCCCUACCCCGGCUACUUUUAGACAACCCCUGUCCACUUGAGACACAACUGCUCCCAACAUGGUGCAGCGUUUCUAUUUUCCUCCCCCCUCACCUGUUCUUCCCGAGUGGGAGUUCCUCCUCACACGCCCCCGUGGACUGCCGCUGUCCAGUCACACCUCCAGAGUCCUCAACACGUCUCGCACUAACCCGAUCGCGGGUGCUACCGAUGCUGUUCAACCAAAUCCUUCCUCUUCGGGCUGGUGCUCCCCAGCCUUGUCUUCUCUUGUCUCCAUACCUUCGCAGGGGAAGGUUGUUGCUGACCCCUGGUGCUGUUGGUCCUUGUGCGCGAGCCCCUGUCCCCGGUCAAGACUCCGGGCGAGAUGCACAGCAUCUCUUUAGCCCCCAGUUGCUCAGAGCGGGAACGCGUCUGGAGAUGGCUACUCCAUUCUUAGCCAGGCAGAAACCUCAAAUCUUAUAAGAAACCCUUGUUGUCUGCCCUGUCAGGCACACUCAUACUUCAGUUGCCACAGGCUGCCGCACAUCCAUCUCAAGUGGACGCAAGGUUCUUCCACCUCUGCAGUGUUUCGCAUGUACUGGAAACGUUUUGCCGGUCACUUUCCCGCCGCCCUCUAUAUCUGGGCUUGCUGCCCUCUCUUGCUGUUAGAGAACCU